AAACGGCCAGUCCAUCGUUUCAUAGGUGCUAGGGCAAAACAUAAUUUUUUCCCUUCCACUUUAAUUUUCUCAGCGUCUCUCUGUGUAAGCAUCUACAUGGUCCCAUCUUUCAUUUCUCCUUUUUUCUCUCUUCCGUACCUCUACUGUUAGAAGCUUUCUCCAGUCACAGAAGAGAAAAGAACCCACCUCUCUCUCUCUCUCUCUCUCUCUCUCUCUCUCCAGCAAAAAACUCAAAUCCCUACUCCGAUAAUCACCCUUCCUCCCUCGAGUGCCAUACAUGUGGCCUAUUUUAGCAAUGCUGGCGAAUUUUUAACUUUUAUUGUUUUUCGCCCUUGCCAGCGGCAGGUGCUUUUCUUGUUAGGACUUCUUCGCCAGUUGAUCUGAAUUAGGGUUUCUGGAGUCUCUCUCUCUCUCUACGAGAUUGGUUUUGAUAUUCUGCAAUGUCGUCAGAGGACAUGCUUAUGCACUUCUCGUCAAAUUCGAACCAAUCGGAUCCAUCCCUGCCGAAUAAGCUGGCAAAGCUCGAGGCUCGGAUGGCAGGGAAGGGCUCUUCAGCAACGUCGGCCCCCACACAGACCUUGCAGUGGCAACAGUCUUCCUCUUCGUCAAAAUUUGGAGGCAACCCAGAGGAAUUUCCAGAACCGUCAACUUCAAGCGAUUCCGAUGAUGAUAUUGGCGGGGAGUUCUUGAUACAAGCCAACAUUCAGAAACGGCAAAGACUUCAAGAGGACUAUGAAACAGCGCUUGUUCAACAGUCUGAGGGAGUAGUGGAUGGUAGGAUGAAGACCAUGGAAACAGUAGAUGUCGAAGCUGGUGUUGAUGAUGCACCUAGGCGAAAACAAGGUCGUGGUAGGGCACGGUCAGUGACAAGCAGGGGACGUGGUUCAAGGGCUAAUGAUCAAGCUCGCUCCCAGAGUUCCUCAUUUUCACCAUCAAAUGGUCAUCUUGGGAACUCGGCACAUAAGGAGAGUUGGCCUAAUGAGCAGCAUGGAAAGGAUGAGAGGGCAUCUUUGCUGGAGGAGAUCACAUCAUUACGUGGAAAAGUUGCAUCAUUAGAAGAGGAGUUAUGUAAAGCACGCCAAGAGGCUGUUCAUCAUCAAGAGCAGUGUCGCCUACUAGAAAUGGAACUGGGAGACCUCAAAGAGAAGGAACAGCAGAUGAAGCCAAAGCGAAUAAAAGUAUUAUCUGAUCUACUUAUUUCCAUCUCGAAAGCAGAGAGGCAAGAAGCAAGGAUGAAGAUACGCCAAGAUUCUUUGAGGCUUGGCAAUGUGGGUGUAAUCAGAGCUGGAACUGUUAUAUCUGAGACUUGGGAGGAUGGGCAAGCACUGAAAGAGCUUCAUGCUCAUCUUAAAUAUCUAUUGGAAACAAAGGAGAAUAUUGAGAGGCAUCGAAAAUCGUUAAAGAAACGACAAUCUGAUAAGGGCGAUGGAAGUGACCUUGAGAUGGGAACGCUAGAAGAGGACUUUCUUAUCCAGGAUGAAAUUUGCAAAUCCCGUCUAGCAAGCAUCAAACGUGAAGAAGAAAUUGCUUUGCGAGAAAGGGAUCGCUAUGAACUGGAGAAGGGAAGGUUGAUACGUGAAAUGAAGCGUAUAAGAGAUGAGGAUGGGUCACGCUUUAACAAUUUCCAGAUCCUGAACCACCGAUAUGCUCUCUUAAACCUUCUUGGAAAGGGAGGCUUUAGUGAAGUUUACAAGGCAUAUGACUUGGUGGAGUUUAGAUAUGUCGCAUGUAAGCUUCAUGGUUUGAAUGCGCAAUGGAGUGAGGAAAAGAAGCAGAGUUACAUACGCCACGCAAUUCGGGAGUACAACAUUCACAAGACCUUGGUGCAUCAUAACAUCGUGCGGCUAUGGGACACCUUCGAGAUCGAUCAGAACACAUUCUGCACUGUCUUGGAUUAUUGCAGUGGGAAAGAUCUUGAUGCAGUUCUUAAAACAACCCCCAUCCUGCCAGAAAGAGAAGCUCGGAUUAUAAUUGUUCAGAUAUUUCAAGGCCUUGUGUACUUGAACAAGAGACCACAGAAGAUCAUUCAUUAUGAUUUGAAGCCUGGCAAUGUUCUAUUUAAUGAGGUUGGCGUUGCAAAAGUGACCGAUUUUGGUCUGAGCAAGAUUGUGGAGGAUGAUGUUGGAUCUCAGGGCAUGGAACUGACUUCUCAGGGAGCUGGAACAUACUGGUACUUGCCUCCAGAAUGCUUUGUGCUCAGCAAGACACCACUCAUUUCAUCAAAGGUCGAUGUUUGGUCAGCUGGUAUUCUGUUUUACCAAAUGCUCUUUGGUAGACGCCCCUUUGGGCAUGAUCAGACCCAAGAGAGGAUACUCCGUGAAGACACGAUUAUAAGAGCACACAAGGUGGAUUUUCCUUCACGUCCAACGGUCUCAAGUGAGGCAAAGGAGCUGAUUCGGCGAUGUUUGACAUAUAACCAAGCAGAUAGACCCGAUGUUCUAACCAUUGCGCAAGAUCCGUAUCUUUCAUACACCAAGAGAUGAGGGAUGUGAGCAAAGCUGAGGAUCCAUGAAACAAGCACAGAAUUACUGGAUUUCCUUUGUCAUCACCGGGUGAAAAGAUAUACCCACAUGAAUGUUGUAAAUUUUGUAAAGCUUUUGUUUCUUUGGUCAUUGUAUUUCUGCUUGCUUAAUUCUUACUUUGCAGCUUCCUUUUUUUCUUUUUCUUUUUCUUUUUCUUUUUUCUUUUUUAAUUUUAUAACAACAGAUGAAGCUUUUUUCCUUUCAUAUUUUGCCAAUGAAAUUGAGUUUACAUGGUUAGCUA